UCACUUACCUCAUUUUCCAUCAACAAUAAACAUCUGAGAUCUACAAACUAAAAUGAAGUCUUCUUGUGGUACAAGGUUUGCGUUCUUGGUUCUCUUUCUCUUUGCGGUACAAUCAGUGUGCGUCAAUGCCGGUACCGGUAGCUUCCACAAAGAUGUGAAGAUACACUGGGGUGAUGGCCGUGGAAAGAUUCACGACAAUGAAGGAAAACUUCUUUCUCUUUCCCUUGACAAGUCCUCUGGAUCCGGUUUCCAAUCGAAUGAUGAGUUUCUCUAUGGCAAAGCCGAGGUUCAAAUGAAACUUGUCCCUGGUAACUCUGCUGGAACAGUCACAACUUUCUAUCUUAAAUCACCAGGUACUACGUGGGAUGAGAUUGACUUUGAGUUCUUGGGAAACAUUAGUGGUCAUCCGUAUACUCUUCACACUAAUGUUUACACAAAGGGGUCAGGAGACAAAGAACAACAGUUUCAUUUAUGGUUUGACCCAACCCGUGAAUUUCACACGUACUGCAUCACAUGGAACCCCGAAAGAAUUAUUUUUACAGUUGAUAACGUUCCCAUUAGAGAGUUCAAGAACUCCGAGUCGAUCGGAAUCCCUUUCCCAAAGAUCCAACCAAUGAGACUCUACGCUAGCCUUUGGGAAGCUGAGCAUUGGGCUACAAGAGGAGGAUUAGAGAAGACAGAUUGGUCAAAAGCUCCUUUUACUGCUUUCUACAGAAACUACAAUGUGGAAGGAUGUGUUUGGGCUAAUGGUAAAUCAUCUUGCGCUGCUAACUCCCCAUGGUACACUCAGAAACUCGACCAAAGAGGCAUGAACAGAGUGAAAUGGGCGCAGCGUAACUACAUGGUCUACAACUAUUGCACCGACAAAAAGAGGUUUCCCAAAGGUGUUCCUGCAGUGUGCACUUAAACUAUUGAUUCAUGAAUAAGUUACUUGGCGUUGUCUUUGUAACUCAAUGAGUUUUAUUUAUUUUGUUUGAUUCAUUCGUUGCUCGUAUGUGUGUUUGUGGUGUAUGAGUACGAUUUUUAUAAUAAUAAUGAAUAAUAAUUUAGAUGAAACAAGA